CUGGAUGGGAUUAACUUCUGUUUUUUUUUCUGAUUACAAAUCAACCUCAAAACACACACACUGCACCCCCCCCCCCUUCCCUCUUUAAGCCCCGCCCCUCUGUCUGCCUCUGGCUGAGCUCAGUCCUGUACGGCCCUCGUUUUCUCUGAGUGUGUGUGUGAGUGUGUGUGCUGUGCUGUGAAAGAGAAGACGGAGUGACUUUUGCGAGAAGGAAGGAGAGAAAAGGGAGCGCUUGCACUUUCUGGUGCGGCAGAAAAAAAGCCGAGAGAGGGGAAAAACGGCUUUUCUGGCAGAGUGAGUGAGAGACGUAGUUACAGAGUUGGAGAGAGAGGCGCAGUGGCGCGUGCACUCUGGGACCCCAGCGUCUGCGUAGUGUCCGGCCGUGAAGGAGCUGCGGGACGUUUCUGACCCCUCGUAGUGUCUGUGGAGUUAACGAUGGACACCUCAGGGCCUGAGGACGUCCCGGUGGAGCCGAAGGAGAGGAAAAAGAUCCAGUUUGCUGUUCCCUCCACAGCGCCGACACAGCUGGACCCCAGACAGGUAGAGAUGAUACGCCGACGGAGGCCCACACCGGCAACACUGUUCAGAGUAGCUGACCAAACAUCUCCUGAAGACGACAACUCCACACAUCAGUGGGUUGUUGGAGAGAACGGCGUCCUCAAACCCAAGCGAGUGAAUCCCAGCGUCUACCAGCCUCCCUCACUGAAGGAUUCACAGGGGGAGGGCGUGAGAGACGACCGGCCAGAAUCAAGUAAACUGAUGACCACGGAGCGAACGGAGGAAGAGGAUGAAGAGGAGGAGGAGGAGGAGAAAGAGGAGGAAACCACAGAAGACGAGAGCAGAAACGUGGAGUAAAACAGAGGGAUGAAGAAGGGAGAGAGAGAGAGAGAGAGAGAGAGAGGGAUGAUGUAGAAAACAUUUUAGUUUUAGGAACUUUAAGCAUCGUAUUGAAACAGAAGAACAGUCUGUAUGGCCGUGUUUGUGUGUGUGUGUGUGUGUGUGUGUCUGUUUUUUUGGUAUUUCAGUUUCCCAAUAGAGCUGUACGAUAUAGUUUAUUAAUUAAUAUCACGAUGCAAAUGAGCCUUCUCACCAAUCACAGUGGGGCUUUUUAACGUAUGCUUUGAUCAUCCUGACCAAUCACAGAUGAAUCAAGGUAUUCACCUGAUCCAACCAUGCAGACCCGUCUUUAAUCACAGUCACAUUAUUGAUUCACUAACGUUUUUUAAUGUGUUGUACUACAGAAGAGUGGUCAGAUCGCCCCCUGCUGUUUGAACAUGCCAUCACGUUUUAGAUAGGGUGCCGUGUUGCCCCUGUAUUCAGUCAUAUUUAACGCUGUAUCAACAUUAUGAGUAAUAAAAUGUCAAUAAAAGGUCGAAAUGCCGUUUUUAUGAGCUUUUCCCCAAAAUGGCCCGACAUGCCGAUGACACCACUAUCAUGUAUUCCAGGGAACGGCACCAGUGCGUCACUAAAUGCUGUUAGCUACUGAACCGUUGGCCUCUGUGUAACGUCAACCUAUUCAACACAACACAUAUUUAUGACCUCAUUUUAUAGAGUGAUAGUCUCAAACUAACAUGCUGUUUAGCAUUUUGUGUUCAGCUCCCAGAAGAGCACCUCAUUCGUCUUAUUUAAUGGGGGCAAUAGCCACAGAUUUAUAUGAAUAAAUAAAAUAAAAUGCAAUAAGAAA